UGGAGAGCACAAGCAGAGCUUGCCCAACACAUGGUGGAUUGACAGGAUGGAGGGCUUGGAGGGAGGCGAGAGUAGGGGAGCUGGAUUAAGACUCCCUCUCCAGUUUGAUCCGGGGAAGGAGGGGUUUGAUCGUACUCUGUUCGGCGUCUCUCUUUCCGCGCUAUUUAGCCGCCUUCUUGGAUGGAGCAAGAACGAGCAAGAACGGACAGAGUCAGCCGCUGCCGCUGUGUCCAUCGGCAUCACCUCCGCCGUUGCUGUUUUCCUUGCGGCGCUUUACGCGUAUGAUGAGCGGCCUCGCCGUGCUCGCCCACGGCGGCUGUCGGCGUCUGCGCUAGCUGGGCGGAAUUCUGCAGCUAGGUCUUGUGCUCUGCCUGCACCUGAUGAUGGGCUCAGAAUUCUUUCAGCAAAGGAUGAAUAUUUGGAAAACGUAAUUCACGGCGCGUUGAUCGGCUCUGGAGAUGACGAGCCGGUUCUUGUCGCACGAGUGGAGACCACACAGACCGAGAUGUCCGGAGCAAAUGCCGUCGACGAAACAGAGGACGGCCAAUCGGAGGAAGAGCGACAAGAGCUCGAGCGGCUCAGGGAGCUGUGGCUGUCACUUCUGGAGCGAGAGCAGAGGCUGGAGCUCCGGCUGCAGGAACUCGACGGCCACCGGGAGCAGGAGGCCACCGUGCGGGAGCUCGAGAACCGCGUCGCCGCGGCCGCCAUGGAGACGCGGCUGCUGGAGCUGAAUGUCUCCUCGCUGCAGGAGGAGAACGGGAGGCUCAGGGCACAGGUCGCCGAGCUGGACGCCGCCCGCGCCGAGCUGGCGCGCGCCAAGGAGAAGCUGCGCGCGAUCAAGGCGCGGAUGCAGGGCGAAAAGGAGGAGGCGAGGAGCGAGGCGGCGGCGCUCCGAGCGAGGGUGGCGGAGCUGGAGAACGGGCGGGAGGAGAGGGCCAGCGCACUGGCGGCGGAGGCAGCGGGGCUUCGGAAGGUCAACGCCGCGCUUGAGGAGGAGAGCAUGGAGCUUGCGCUGCGGCUGCAGGAUGCAGAGCAGGCCGCGUCCUCUGUCAAUCUUGUUCUUGAGGAGAGCAUGGAUGAGGAGGCGAACUACCUGAGGGAGACCAACGAGAGGUUGGUGAGGCAGAUCGAGCAGCUGCGCAGCGACCACUGCGCGCACGUCGAGGAGCUCGUCUACCUCAAGUGGGUCAACGCCUGCCUCCGCCACGAGGUCCGCGACCAAGGUCUCCACCCGCCGUCCUCCGCGCAUCAGGAGCACGACGCUGACGGCAGUGCCGGCGCCGGCGGCAUGUCGGCCAUGGACCUGAGCAAGAGCAUGAGCUUCCGCUCCAGCGAGAGGGCCAAGCAACUCAUGCUCCGGUACGGCCACCCAGGCCUCGAAGGUUUCGACCCCGCCAUCUUGUCCCCGCUGCACGAGACAAUCGACGGCGACGGCGACGAGCGGACGCGCGCGCACAAAUACGAGCCUGAGAAGAGCCCUAGUUCGUCGGUGACAACGACGAAGGCCGCCUCUGCUGCGCCGGCGCCGGGGAAGAAGGCCGGGCCGCGCAAGCUCAAGUUCCUGGGCAACAUCAAGAAGCUGCUCCCAGGCGGUAGCAGAAGCCAGUCAAGAAACGGCCGUGACCACGGCGGCCGCGAGAGCAUGAAGGCGCCAGGCGCCGAGUACCUCGAGAAGGCCACGCAGUGGCUUUCGACCCACGACGUGCUCGACGGAGACCACUCGUACGAGAGCACGCCGCUGUCGUCAUGCGAGCGGACGCCUCUGAGCAGCGUGACCACUGUCACGACUCGCGGCGGCGGCGGCUGCAGCGAGCGCGGGGCGACGCAGGCAGAGGCGGAGCCGGCGACGCUGGCGCGAUCGAAGAGCGACUCCGGCUCGUCGUACGGGCGGGAGGCGAGCAGGAACCAUGCGCUCCGGCUGGACCACCCAACAGAGUUCAGGGUCGGGCCGGACGGUUUACGUGCUUCGGAGAAGCGCGAGCCGAGGAGGCGCUCGGAGGAGCUGAGAAUGCCGGAGGCGGCGUACGUGAGGACAGGGGACAUGCAUGCAGAGUGAUGCUCUACUGCAAAUAACGGAUUAACAGGGACUGGUAUGCAAUAUGCAAUUCAAGUUUUCAGUUUGUUCGCCUUGUGUAUACUCGUGUUAAGUGAUCUACCUGUAUAGCAAAUGUUUCGUGAA